GUUAUGCGUGAGUGCAUCUCCAUUCACAUUGGCCAGGCUGGUGUCCAGGUUGGCAGUGCCUGCUGGGAGCUCUACUGCCUGGAACAUGGCAUCCAGCCUGAUGGCCAUAUGCCAAGUGACAAGAUGAUUGGGAUGGGAGAUAACUCCUUGAACACCUUCUUCAGUGAGACAGGCGCUGGCAAGCAUGUGCCUAGGGCAGUGUUUGUAGACCUGGAACCCACAGUUAUUGAUGAAGUUCGUUCUGGUACCUACCAUCAGCUCUUCCACCCUGAGCAGCUCAUCACAGGCAAGGAAGAUGCUGCCAAUAACUAUGCCCGUGGACACUAUACCAUUGGCAGGGAGAUCAUCGACCUCGUCCUGGACCAAAUUCGGAAAGUAGCCGACCAGUGCACAGGUCUUCAGGGCUUCUUGAUCUUCCACAGCUUUGGUGGGGGAACUGGUUCUGGGUUCACCUCCCUGCUGAUAAAACAUCUCUCUGCCGAUUAUGGCAAGAAGUCCAAGCUGCAGUUCUCCAUUUACCCAGCCCCCCAGGUCUCCACAGCUGUGGUUGAGCCCUACAACUCCAUCUUCACCACCCACGCCACCCUUGAGCACUCUGACUGUGUUUUCAUGGUUGACAACGAGGCUAUCUACGACAUCUGUCUUAGAAAUCUCAAUAUUGAGCACCCAACAUACACUAACCUUAACCGCCUUAUUAGCCAGAUUGUGUCCUCCAUCACUGCUUCUCUCAGGUUUGAUGGAGCCCUGAAUGUCGAUCUGAUUGAAUUCCAGACCAACCUGGUGCCCUCCCCCCGCAUCCACUUCCCUCUGGCUACAUAUGCCCCUGUCAUCUCUGCUGAGAAAGCCUACCAUGAACAGCUAACUGUAGCAGAGCUCACCCAUGCGUGCUUUGAGCCAGCUAACCAGAUGUUGAAAUGUAACCCUCGCUAUGGUAAAUACAUGGCUUGCUGCCUAUUUUACCGUGGUGACGUGGUCCCCAAAGAUAUCAAUGCUGCCAUUGCCACCAUCAAGACCAAACGUACCAUCCAGUUUGUGGACUGGUGCCCCACUGGCUUCAAAGUUGGCAUUAAUUACCAGCCUCCCACUGUGGUACCUGGUGGAGACCUGGCCAGAGUACGGAGAGCUGUGUGCAUGCUGAGCAACACCACAGCUGUUGCUGAGGCCUGGGCUCGCCUGGAUCACAAGUUUGACCUGAUGUAUGCCAAGCGUGCCUUUGUCCACUGGUACGUGGGUGAGGGCAUGGAGGAAGGAGAGUUUUGUGAGGCCCGUGAGGACAUGGCUGCCCUUGAGAAGGAUUAUGAGGAAGUUGGAGCUGAUAGUACUGAGGGAGGGGAUGAGGAUGAAGAUAAUUAA